UUUGAAGUCGAGGUUACUUCCGGUUUCUGAAAGGAGAUCAAUGAUCAUAUGAUUUAGGACCUCGGAGUUGGAUAAAAACAUAGCAAAAUGGACUAUCAACCAGAGAAACCAUCUACUAAGCAGAUGGGAGUGUCAUUAUUCCCUGUAUACUUCAUUACCCUAAUGCUAGGGACUCUAGCGAUAUUAAUCAUAGCUUUCUAUUAUAUCUUAACGGGAAAAGGAACAAGGAUAGACUUUGGAUGGUUCUUGGAACAAACAUCUCCAUACAUGUGGGCUUCCUUUGGAGUUGCCAUUACUAUAUCCUUCUCAGUAGUUGGUGCUGCAUGGGGAAUAUUCACCACAGGGGCUAGUAUCUUAGGAGGAGGAGUCAAAGCUCCACGCAUCAAGACCAAGAACCUGAUUAGUAUCAUCUUCUGUGAAGCUGUAGCUAUUUAUGGAAUCAUCAUGGCCAUCAUUAUUGGACAAGGAAUUUCAGCAUUUGACGCAGAGAAGGACACUGAUCAAAUAGUCAGAGACAGCUAUGAUGCAGGUUUCCGCAUGUUUGCGGCUGGAGUGACAGUUGGGGUGUCUAAUGUUGCCUGUGGGAUCACCGUUGGAAUCGUUGGUUCAGGAGCUGCUCUUGCUGAUGCCCAGAAUUCCACUCUGUUUGUCAAAAUCCUGAUUCUUGAGAUCUUUGCAAGUGUUAUCGGUCUUUUUGGACUUAUUGUUGGUAUUUUACAGAUCGUGGGAGUGAAGAUGGGAACUAAAUAAACAAAAAAUGAGGAGGGAGAGCUCAGUUACAAAUAUUUAUCCAUUAAUAAUAUAUUAUUAAAUUGACAAACAUGACAUAGCUACCUGUAAAGAUAGUGAAGCACUGUCGACGUUGUGAUGACAGAAGUCUAGUCUUUGGAAUGGUGAUGAACUGUACAAUAUAGUUGAUAUACUUUAUGUGUAGAUGGACAUAAUCCAGAAACAUUCCAGUAUGUACUUGUAAUCAGAAAAGUGCUGUUUUUAUAUCCUUUCUUCAAUCAGAAUACUGCGUUCUUGUUAUGUAGCCUGAUCAUGUAGAAUACUACUAGUAUUUGACACAGAAAUCCCAAUAGAAAACAUGUUUGUGUCAGAAAAUUAUGUUCAUGAGUAUAUGUAUGUAUGGGGUAAUUAAUUCUUUUUGCUUUGUUAAGGAAAUCAACUUCAAAGCUAAUACAUAUGUACAUGUAUUCUUUUAGAAUAGUACAAUAUUAUAUGGAAAUAUAUUAAAAUUAUUGUUUGAAGUGGUUGUUAAAGGUAAACUGAUCAAUUUCAAUUGUAUUCUUGAAGAGAGAUAUAUUAUAUUGUUCAUUAUACAAUGUCAUUUCAUGCACUUAAAGUCUGCUUAUUGCUGUAGGGUAUGUAAAAAGUCAAAUUUCUCUUUACGGUUUGAUAUGUAUGUGAAAUUUGUUGGUAUGUAAAAUAAAUUCAUAAUAUAUAUUAA